AUGGAUGGACAGAUGGACGAAACUGGCUGGCUGGAAGGCAGUGCCUGGGAGAAGCCAGGGAGAAGGGCGGGCCUGGAUGUGGGCCAGGGUGCUACUCCCCCACCAACCCUCAUCCCCCAGCACAGAAGGGCCGAAAACAGCCUGGACAGGUCCUCGGAAGAUGCGGGCGCCCAGACCUCAGGAGUCAGUCCGUUUCUGGUGGGGGCAGAAAUCCUGCGGCCCAGAAGUGUGAGUGGGGGCCGCCGGAGAGGAAGGAGCAGGCAGGGCAGUGACCUGCCCUCCCUGCGGAUCAAAGUGACAAGUGUAGGCUCCGCGCAUGACGCCCCUCGGCCCCUCCGGGGAAACCCGGAUAGGGGUCCACGCCGGCCAGUCCCGCGCUCCCGCCUUCGGCCCCCGGCCGGGAACGUGUUCUCGAGCCUGGCCCAGGUGCUCACCGCGCGCCGCUCCGGCCGCUUCGCGAUUCCCGUAGUCCUCCGCGCGCACGGGUUAGGGGCCGGCCGCCGCUCGUCUCCACGGCGCUGCCAGAUCAGGGUCGGCGCCGGCUCCGCGCCCGCACCCCGCGCCCCGCGCCCCGCGCCAGCCUCUAGCAAACUUUCCGGCGGCUACGCUCCGCGGCGGCGGAGGGAGAGGAGGAGGGGGCGGGGGCGGGGCGGGAGCGGCCCGAGGGUCCCCGCCCGCGCCUCCGCCCUCCUGCCGCGCCUCGGGGAGCGACUGCGGGCCCGGGAGCCCCUGCCCGCAGACCCCUCCCCGCGCACCCGUGCCCGACUCCUGCCUUGCGGACUCCUACCCCACGGGGUCCUCCCCGCGGACCCCGCCCGGCAGAACUCCCAACCCAGAGCUCGCUCGGCAGACCCCCGCCCCGGCGAACCGGGCCGGCAGACGGCAGCUCCCCGCGGGGACAGCAGCGGUGGAUGGACAGGAAAUUCACAGACGGAGGAAGGAGAGGCAGCUGGAUCAAGGACCUGGCUUAUCCUGUGAAGAAAGGAUGGGGAGGGGACGCCGGCAAUAGACAGACGUGAGUAGGAGACCUCAGCUGGACUGGAUUCAAACGAAACCAACUUGACAACAUGCACGUGGCAACCGAGAAAUCUGAUGAUGGUAACACGGGCCACUUUGUUUCUUACGUAUUAGUUACUAUUGUAGUUAUGUUAGAUUUUCUUAAAGAGCAUUUUCAGAGACUUGUGAAGUAUUUAUCUAUAAAUGACAG